AUGGCAUCUCCGGCAGGAUUCAAACGACUUACCAAGGAGUACCAGCGCAUCCAGGAUGAGCCCGUUCCCUAUAUUCUGACUCGCCCGACCGAUGCCAACAUUCUGGAGUGGUACUACGUGAUCCAGGGACCUCCCGAUACGGAUUACGAAGGAGGCCAGUACCUGGGAAAGGUGGUGUUUCCCUCCCAAUAUCCGUAUGCUCCUCCCAGCAUUCGCAUGUUGACGCCCAGUGGCCGGUUUCUGCCUGACACCCGGCUAUGUCUGAGCAUUUCCGACUACCAUCCCGAGUCGUGGAACCCCUCGUGGGGCAUGGGUACCAUCAUGACUGGUCUCCUGUCGUUCAUGACGGGCACAGAGCACUCUACGGGCUGCGACACGGCCACCAACUCGUUUGGACGCAAGAAGCUGGCCCAGGAGUCACACGCAUGGAAUGAGCGCAAUGAGCAUUUCAAAAAGUGGUUCGAAAACAGACAGCAUGUGGAAAAGUGCAUGACCACCGCGAUCCAGACCAGUAAGGGGGAGAAGAAGGUAGACAUCAAGGAGACUAGCAAAUCUACAAGUGCUCCCACGGCCACUGUGAUCUCUUCGGCCUCAGCAGCCUCAGCAGACUCUUCCAGCUCUCCCACUUCGGAGAAACACAAAAAGCCAGAAGUUAUUGAUCUGGACGACUCUCCUCCUUCCACACCUAGAGUCAAGAAGAAGAAGAAGAAGCCCGAGGUUCAAGGAGACUCUGAGUUUGAACCGAUUCUGCUGGAUUAA